UGCGGUGCCGGCGUUUUUGACAUUGCCUAUAUAAUUAAAAGCAACACACCACUUUCAUAUUUUAAUUAAAUUUUUGCUGUUUUGCAGCUACGAUUUUAUAAACGUCAGACUUAGUUCAGCAUUUCCUUUUCGUGUUAGAACACUGAAGGAGUACAUAACCAUGUCUGGUACUGUUGGGAAGGUGAUUACCUGUAAAGCUGCAGUUGCUUGGGGGCCCAAGGAAGACUUAAAAAUCGAACAGAUUGAAGUGGCACCCCCCAAAGCUCAUGAAGUCCGAUUAAAGCUUUUAUACACUGCUGUCUGUCAUACAGAUGCUUACACUUUGAGUGGACAGGAUCCUGAAGGGGUUUUUCCUGUGGUUCUGGGUCAUGAAGGGGGUGGAAUUGUAGAAAGUGUUGGAGAAGGAGUCACCAAUGUUAAACCAGGGGAUCAUGUUAUUCCCUUGUACAUUCCCCAAUGUAAAGAGUGCAAAUUUUGCAAAUCCCCAAAGACAAAUCUUUGUCAAAAAGUUCGUACAACUCAAGGAAGGGGCGUCAUGCCUGAUGGAACAGUUCGAUUUUCUUGCAAAGGGAAAGAAUUGUUCCAUUUUAUGGGCUGUUCCACAUUUAGUGAAUACACAGUUGUGGCAGAUAUUUCAGUGGUUGCAGUAAAUCCAAAAGCAGAAUUGGACAAAGUUUGUCUACUAGGAUGUGGGGUCUCAACCGGCUAUGGGGCUGCUUUAAAUACAGCUAAAGUUGAACCGGGUAGUUCAUGUGCUGUUUGGGGUCUUGGGGCAGUCGGUUUAGCCGUUGGUUUGGGUUGCAAGGCUGCAGGAGCAAAACGAAUCAUUGGAAUUGAUGUUAAUCCAGCCAAAUUCGAAGUUGCUAAAAACUUCGGUUUCACCGAAUUCGUGAACCCUAAAGACUACCAAAAACCUAUACAAGAAGUGCUAGUUGAAUUAACCGAUGGAGGCUUAGAUUACACUUUCGAAUGUGUUGGAAACGUUAAUAUAAUGAGAGCUGCUCUCGAGUCGUGCCACAAGGGCUGGGGCGUGUCAACCAUUGUGGGCGUUGCUGGUGCAGGACAAGAAAUUAGCACCCGUCCCUUCCAACUUGUCACCGGACGUGUAUGGAAGGGGACAGCCUUUGGAGGAUGGAAAAGUAUUGAUAGUGUGCCGAAAUUGGUGGACGAAUACGUGAACAAGAAAUUACCGCUGGAACGUUUCGUUACCCACAAUUUACCUUUCGAAAAAAUUAACGAAUCGUUCCAUUUAAUGCACAAAGGAGAGAGUAUUCGUGCGGUUUUAAAAUUCUAAAUAUACUCAAAUAUGGAUAUUCCGUCG